AAAGAAGAAAUAAAUCCAAUGAACCCACCACCUCCUCUACAACCCCCUCACCUUCCUCUCUACUAAUAAACCCCCAUCCUCCACUUCCCUACCCCUCAAGAAACCCACAGCCAUGGACUGGUACUCUUGGCUCUCCAAAUCCAAUCUUGAGGAUGGCCUUAUCUAUGAGUAUUCACUCCUCUUCUCUCACAAUGAGCUUGAGGAAGAGGACAUCAUCCACUUCAACCAUGAGUUCCUCCAAAGCAUGGGCAUCUCUGUAGCCAAGCACAGGCUUGAGAUCCUCAAGCUAGCCAAGAAGUCCAGGUCUGCAAAGCCUGUUGCUCGGCUCCUCGCUGCGAUGAAGAAGACCAAGAGGUGCCUGGUCAAGUACAUCCACUCAUUGGUCCAUCGAGAUAAUUCGGCCAUCGUGGUCGUCCCGAGGCCUUCAUAUGGUGGUGCAAGGUGGAAGGGAGCCAUGCUGAAGAGGAACAAGAGGCUGGCACUAUUGAAGCAGGGAAGGCUGAUGCUCACCGAGGGCGGUGUCCAGGUUGCCAGACCAAAUUCUGUCUCCCAUAACGCAAGCCCAAUGGUGUACAACCACCAUAAGGAAAGUGAGAAAGGUGGUGAUGAAGAUGGCUAUUGGGGGAACAGCACUGAGGAGAUUAGGUGGGACUCCAUGUUUCAGGACUUGAAGCCAACUUGAGCACAUGAAGAGAGCUUUUCCUAGUGUCUUUCAGAAGGCUUUUGUUGGCUUUGCUUUUCAGGAGCCAUGAGAGAUUGCUUUACUUUGGAGGUUUGUCCACUUUGCAUUUGUGCUUUGCUUUGGCUGUUUGGUUUUCUGAUUGUGAGAAGAUAAAAUCUCAAAGUUGUGGGAGAGAUUAUUAGAGUUUAGCUACACAUAUAUGAACAUAUGUAUGUAUGUAUGUAGUAUUAGGGGAAAAGGUCUGUUCUCAUAAUUUCUUUGAUGUAUUGCUUCAGUCUCCUCUCUCCCAAAAGUCCAAGUCAACUUGGUGGAGUCAAUCACCCACCUCAGAUAGACUUGAUUGAUAGAAAUGGUUGUUGAGAGUAUUCAACCAUCCAUACAUUAGAUUUGGUAUAAA